AUGCACAAGAACAACAAUAAUUACAACAAUAAUAAUACCCGGAACGGUAAUUAUAACGGUAGUAAUUGUAAGGGCAACGUCUUUAACAAUGAACAUUCUAACACAAGCAACAACAGCACGAGCAGCCGAAGCAAAAACAACGGCAACAGCAGUAACAGUAGCAGCAACAACAACGUCGACAAAGUAAAUGCUAGUGAUGACUACAUGGGCAGGAAAUCAUUUGCUGGCAUAGUGGCGAACUCGACAGACUAUUUCCCUAAACAACAAGAAUGCACACCUGACGCAGGUGGCAAAACAGGUGAAGGUAAACGGAAGCUGCAACCGCAGCUGAGGUUUUGGCAACAACUGCCCGGAAAACAGUACAGUGCAUUAUCACUGUGA